AUGUCCUCAUGGAUUGUUCUACGGACGCGACCAUCUUCGGUGGCCUGCACCACGAGUAGCAGCCAUACAGACUGGACCAAGCUGACCACGGCAUAUCUGCCACACAGACUCGACGUGAUGAGCCAGCGAAUCUUGACGAAGAUUGGACACACGACCGCUACGAGGAUGAUCGCUAUGAUCGCCGAGACAGAAGGGCGCCAGCACCAUACGAUGACCGCCCACCACGACAUGGGGGAGCACCGCGGCACCAAGAUUCGUGUCGACAAUCUGCACUACGAGCUGACAGAAGAAGACCUUCGAGAUCUCUUCGAACGCAUUGGCCCGACAACAUCCGUACGCCUUCUCUACGACCGCGCAGACCGUUCUCUAGGCACAGCCUACGUCAUCUACGAAGACCCACGAGAUGCUCGCGCAGCUGUCGACGACUUUGAUGGUCAAAUGGCCAACGGCCAGCCCAUCCGCCUUCAGCUCAUGCCCAGCGGUCCAGGUCCUCGAGCGCCCGCAGCGUCGCUUGCCGAUCGUAUGGAGAAGCCUCCACGCAGUCUGUUCGACAGAAUCGAGGGAGGUCGCAGCGGUGGCAGGCAGAAUAGCCGAGAUGGGGGUGGCAGGAGGAGAUACAGAAGCGACAGUCCACAGAAGGACCGACUCGCGCCGCCAGACGUGGACCGCUACGUUCCAGGACGCGGAUCGCGGUCACCGAUCAGACGUCGCGGUACACCUCGUGAAGGCGGACGACGGCCAGGAGAGAGGAGAGAACGCGGUGGUGGUGGCAGAGGAGGACGUGGCGGACGCACAGAUGAGGAGGGUCGUCCUGUCGUUGGAGGCAGGCCGAAGAAGACUGCAGAAGAGCUGGACGCUGAGAUGGCGGACUACUGGAGCGGCAGCAAGACCGACGCUGCUGCAGACAAUGGAGCACCUGCUGCCAAUGACACAAACGGCGGAGACAUUGACAUGGAUAUCUGA